AUGCGUGCUACAUUCAAGCUUGUCCUUUUGGCCGUCGCCACGUCUGUCACGAGCAUCGCUCAUGCCAAACCUGUCCCAGCUGUGGAGGUCGCCGACAGCAGGACCAAGCCGCCACCACCUCCCCCCACCACAAAGCUUACUUUACCGCCCACUUUGCCUCCCCCUCCCACUACAAAGCCAACCCUACCUCCGACUUUACCGCCUCCACCGCCCACUACGAAGCCAACCUUGCCUCCAACUUUGCCACCACCUCCCCCAACCACAAAGCCGACCACGAAACCGACUUUACCACCUACCUUACCACCUCCGCCUCCAACCACGAAGCCAACUUUACCACCAACUUUACCUCCUCCCCCACCUCCUCCUCAACCUACCACUGCCAAGCCCCCGACUGAUGUCUUCCCGCCGAUCCCUACGGUUACUCGCAUCACCGCAUCUUAA